GUCCAACACAUUAAGUAACUUUUGAGGCUUAGUGAGCGAGAUGUUUUGUUCGUCGAGGAAAUGAACGUCGGCGUUGGUUCUUCGAAUCUAAUCGAUGACUUUGAUGUUUAAACUUAAGCCAGGUGACUUUUUUUUCAACAAUUCCGGCUGCUGCUCAUGCAGGUGAACACAUCAGCUUUGAUAAACCAGUCAAUGCACGGACGCACUACCUGUUCAUCUUUGGUCAAUCAUCAGGUCAGUCACAGCUGACCCAUGGAGGACAGAACAGACAGUCCCAUAGCUGUGAAGGUGGAGGAGCAUUCACGGUGUGUCAUCCUGACUUACUUCCAGGGGGACAUCAACAGCAUGGUGGACGCUCACUUCAGCCGCGCUCUCAGCAAAGUCUGCAAGGCCAAGGCGCCGGCAGCAAAGACAAAGAAAAUCCGUAAAACUAUUAAAAUGGAGGAAAGCAGCCUCUGUCAGGGGAGUUCUGUCGACUGCUAUUCAGAGUCACAGCUCCCUCCUGCAGCAGAACGUCUCCUGAACUUCAGUCCUGCAGACGACGCUCCUGGCUCAUGGCACACGUUCACUACCAGGGGAGGAGAGGAUCCGGGGUUGCCAUCCAUCGCCUACUCUCUGUCCCAAGAAGGGUUGAGUCUAACUGGACAGCAAUACGCCAACUCCCUGCUCAACCUGCUGCACAGUGACCGGGGUGAGAUGGGACCCAGCAUGGCCUCCAGCUCCAAGCCAGAACUGCAUCCCAGCUGGACGACGCCUCAAGGAUAUAGAGACUCCGUGGACCCUGCUGUGGGUGUGUUUGAACCUGGACGACGUCUGGACAAGAAGGAUUUGUACUGGUAUUGAAGAGAGAGCGUGGCUGGAGCAGCAGAGACAGGGAACGGCUUCAACUACACCACAUACUUGUGGCUCUAUGAAGCCGCCCAGCUUCUGUUCAGCUGUCACAUGUUUUCUUGUCAAACAGGCCUCACUGAGUGGCAUCGAACAAGGAAGAAACACUGCAGCGCUUCCAUUCCCCUCUUUCUACUUCUCAGUGAAAUGACAUCAGCAUGUCGGCAUGUACCAAGCGAAGCGACCUUUCUGAAAGGGAACACUCUCGACAAACCUGUUCUUCAACUCUGUUACUCCUCUUGUAGAUCUCAUAGCACUGUAUAUGUUGUUGCACCCGUUGGAUGAGGGGCAUUUUCUGUUGCCUUAAUCAGGCACUUCUGUCAGUGGGCCUACACCAGUAAAUGGACCAGUAUUACUGUAAGCUAAAGUGUGGACAUUUGGACAUUUGAGUGUAUAAAUAUUGAUGUUAAUAUCAGUCUACAGUUCACCUAUAUCAGUUUAAGUUUAUAUAUCCAAACAACAAAAAUGAAGGAUAGUGAUAUUAAUGACUUGUUUUCUGUAAUCUUGAACUUGUAUUAUGUGCUGUACAAAAAUGGAAACAUAUACAAACUUAAAUAAAUAUCUGAGCGGAAAAAC